UUUUAAAUCAUUUUCAAACCACCGCGACUUUCAACUUUCAAAUACCUCCUUCAUCUUCUUCAUGCUCCCAACAUUCUCAGUCUACACGUCUUUCGAAAUUCACACCAUCCAUAUAAAUACCCUUUCCCUCUCCCUCUUUCAGUUUCACAUCACAACACCCCUUCCUUUCCUUCCCUCAAAAUGGUUGAUUUACAUUGGAAAUCAAAGAUACCUGCUUCCGACAUGUCUUCCAAAUCUCCAAAACUCUCCCUCCCCGCCAACUCCUUACCCUCUCUUCAACUACCCUUCCGCACCACAGACAUCUCUCCCGCUCCACCUGCACUCUGUGCUGCAUACGAUUACUAUCUCUCUCUCCCACAACUCAGAACCCUUUGGAAUUCAAGAGACUUUCCCAAUUGGAACAACGAACCCAUUUUAAAACCUGCCCUGCAAGCUUUGGAAGUCACCUUCCGUUUUCUUUCCAUUGUUUUCUCCGAUCCCAGGCCUCAUUCCAACCACAGGGAAUGGAACCGUGUCAUAGAGUCUCUCGCCAUUCAUCAGAUUGAGAUCAUAGCCAUGCUGUGCGAAGACGAGGAGCUCAAUUCUCAGACACGUGCCACCGUCCCAACCGCUGAUCUUACUGUAGAUAGCUCCAACAAUAGCGAGAGCCGAAGCUACAGCGAGGCCAGCCUUCUUCCGCGGCUUGCCACGUGGUACAAAUCCAAGGACGUGGCGCAGAGGAUUCUUCUCACCGUUGAGUGCCAAAUGAGGAGGUGUAGCUAUACGCUAGGUUUGGGAGAGCCGAACCUGGCGGCGAAACCGAGCCUGCUCUACGACCGCGUCUGCAGACCGAGUGAAAUCCACGCGCUCAAGACUACACCCUACGACGAACGCGUGGAGAACUACGAGAACCACGCUGUGCACGCCACGCACCAGAUUGCGGAGUCGUGGAUCCACACUUCGCGGAAGCUUCUGGAGAGGAUCGCCGAUGCUAUCCACUGUAAAAGGUUGGAGCAGGCGGCGGAGGACUGCCACGCGGUGGAGCGCAUCUGGAAGCUUCUCGCGGAGGUGGAGGAUCUUCACCUGAUGAUGGAUCCGGACGAAUUCCUGCGUUUGAAGAACCAGCUCUCGGUGCGGUCCUCGAGCGGCGAAACGGCGUCUUUCUGCUUCAGGUCAAAGGAAUUGGUGGAAGUGACGAAAAUGUGCAGAGAUCUGAGGCACAUGGUGCCGGAGAUAUUGGAGGUGGAGGUGGAUCCGAAGGGAGGACCGAGAAUUCAAGAAGCGGCGAUGAAACUGUACGUCUCGAAGAGCGCGUUCGAGAAGGUUCACCUGUUGCAGGCGAUGCAGGCGAUAGAGGCGGCGAUGAAGAGGUUCUUCUACGCGUAUAAACAAGUUCUGACGGUGGUGAUGGGAAGCUCGGAGGCCAACGGCAACCGAGUUGGGCUGAGUUGUGACUCGGCUGACUCGUUGACUCAGAUAUUCCUUGAACCGACGUAUUUUCCAAGCUUGGAUGCCGCCAAGACUUUCCUUGGGUACCUCUGGGAUAAUAACGAUUACAAGUGGCCAUAAACCCAAACUUAGAUCUUAUCAACAACAUAUCAUUUCAUCUCAUCUUAAUGUAAUUCCCUUUAGUUUCCUAGAUUUACACUUUCAGCGGAGAUCUACAAAUUCUUUUUUUCUUUUUAAAAAUUAAAUUAAAUUUUGUAAUGGGCUUCGUGGGUGUAAAAUAUAUAAUAAAUUAUUUUUCCUUUCAAAAUGAAAAUUGGCAGUGUUUACAGAUU